CUUCCCAGGCAGCUGUGACAGGAGGCGGGCACAGAAUGAAUGGGAGGAAACCCAAGGCUCAUCUAGUCCGGCCCUCCAGUGCAGGGUUGAGGGCAUCCCCCAAGCGGUGCUUGGCAGGGGGGGUCUUGGGGGAGGGAGUUGAGCUUCACAUCGCACCCACCUGCCCUUGACCCCGGGGGAAGACCUUGCUGGACUCCAACCAGGAAGAGCUGCAUUCUGCAAAGGGCAGCCCUUCUCCACGUUGGCCUGCAGGAUUCACUGCCACAAGAGAUGGCAAGAGGCAGCAGCUUCUCAAGGGGUUAGGCUGCUGCUACCGGAUCAGCUGAGCCCCAUGGCAGCCUCAAGUGGGUCAGUGAAGCCCCUUGGAGUGGCCCCUCCCCCUGGCCUGGUGUUCUUGUGAUGCGACACAAGCACAUUUGCAUACAUGCUCCCUAUUUGCAUGAAGUGCUUUGUCCCUCUGAGUUCUCGGUGAGUGGAGAAUCCUGUGGGGCCUGACCUGUCUGUGCCCUUCUCCCCCCACGGCCUGCCAGCAUCCGCUCUCCUUUCUGCCCCCCUCCCCACACCCAGCCGCUCACUCCUGUAACUGACCUCAGGGUUCUCCAGAGACCAGGAAUGAUUUUUCUGCUCCUCUCCCUCGUGCUCUUUCUGAUGCUCCUCUCCUAAAGGGCUCCUGCUGCCCUCCCGGCUCUGGGGCAGCAACUGCUGUGCUCUCCCUGAGCAUGGAGCCCCACGCAGAGCCCAGAGGGAGACUCCGGCUGUGAAGACACCCAUGGCAACCAUCCUUGCGGCCACACGCAUCUCCCGGCCCCUUGCCCAGCUGGCCACCAAGACCUCCCACCUGAAGGAUGUCUCCGCAAGCCUUCGGCCCCUGCCUAAGAUCUGUUACUCGGCAUCACGCCUGCAGGGCCGACGUUCCUACGGCACGGAAGUGGACGAGAUUGGCGAGAGGCCCGUCCUCAUCACUGGCUGCGAUUCUGGCUUCGGCUUCGCCUUGGCCAAACACCUGCAUGAGCGAGGAUUCAUCAUCUAUGCCGGCUGCCUGCUCAAGGAGCAGGGAAGAGGCGGCUCCAAGGAGCUGGACGCGAUGAAGAGUGACCGGAUGAGGACCGUCCAGCUCAAUGUCUGUGACAGCGAAGAUGUCAGCCGGGCCGUGGACUACAUGACCUCCACUCUGAAGAUGCCAGAAAAAGGGCUGUGGGGCCUGGUCAACAACGCCGGGAUCUCUACCUUUGGGGAGGUGGAGUUCACCAGCAUGGACACCUACAAGGAGGUGGCGGAGGUGAACCUGUGGGGAACAAUCCGCACCACCAAGGCCUUCUUGCCUCUCAUCCGCAGGGCCAAAGGCCGCGUGGUGAACAUCAGCAGCAUGAUGGGGCGCAUGGCCAACCCGGCGCGCUCCCCCUACUGCAUCACCAAGUUUGGGGUGGAGGCCUUUUCCGACUGCCUGCGCUACGAGAUGCGCCCGCACGACGUCAAGGUGUGCAUUGUGGAGCCGGGCAACUUCAUCGCGGGCACCAGCCUCUACAGCCCUGAGCGCAUCCAGGCCAUCGCCGACAAGAUGUGGGACGAGCUGCCCGAGAUCGUGCGCCGCGACUACGGGCGCAAGUACUUUGACGAGCAGAUUGCCAAGAUGGAGUCGUACUGCAACAGCGGCUCCUCGGACACGUCGCCCGUCAUCGACAGCAUCGCCCACGCCCUGACCUCCUCCACCCCCUACACCCGCUACCACCCCAUGGACUACUAUUGGUGGCUGCGCAUGCAGGUCAUGACCCACAUGCCGGCCGCCAUCUCGGACCGACUCUACAUCUACUGAGCAGCAGCGGGUGGGGGGGGGAACGGGACCCCUGUGCCCCCCGCUCCCCACUGCCACCGUGUCCACCUCCAGGAAGGGAAACUAAUGUUAAGGGUCACCCUGUACAAAUUUCCCCGUAGUCGCUUGUCUAGUUGAGGUCAAAGUACUGUAUUUUUAGGGCUAAGCUGUUGUUAAUUUAAGCGUUUGAGGCUCCCUUCCUCCUUGCAUGGUGUGUCUCCGACCAGUGCUAUUUAUUUCCAAUAGUCCCGUUUCCCCCCUGCUCAUCUCAGCUGCUUUGGUCAGUGCCCCCGCUGCAUUGACAGCUGCCCUCCCUUGGGAGCUCCCCCCCCUUGAGUGGCAGGCCAGGUGGGGGGACGGGACCCUGUGCCCCUGGCUCCUUCUACCCAGCGCCCAGAAGCCCUAGAGCCCCUCCCUCUGGGCUGGAGCUGGGGCUCAAAGGAGCCAUUUGGCCUCCUCCAGCCUUGCCUGCCUUUUGCACACUCCUUUGGGGUGGGGUGGGGGAACACUCUGUGGACCAGAAACACAAACACCCCCCCCCCACUAGACAGGCUCAUUCCCAUGCACUCCUGCAAGCAAGCAAGCAAGCGAUGCUCUCCUGAGCUGGGCACUUUGCAGUAGAGUCCCCCUGAUGGGCUACAGAGGCAGGGUGGGGGGAGCUUCUGGGGGAGCCCCCGUCCCCUCAGUUUGGGCAGCCAGAUGCUCUUAAAGGGCAAGGAGGGGUCUCUUGGGCUAGACGGGGAAUUUUUUAAAAGGACUUUUUAGAAGUUCAAACUCUUUCCAGCAUGCUAGUGGGGGGGAAUGCCUGCCCCCUUUGCUCCCCAGGGCCAACUGCGCUCACAGGGCACCACAGCAAUAAGUGGCUCUCACUGUCGGUAGCGCACACCAAGGAGCCGCAGGCUAGCCAUGCGCUGCCACCCCCCCCUCCCGGCCACUGAGCGAGGACUGCCGUGGGGGGGGGCCCUCUGGGAAAGGGAACAAGCCCUGCAAGGCAGGACGGCAGAGUCUGCUGCCCUGCAACUUUAGGAACACACUUUUGUACAAAAAAGCCACGUGGAGAUAUUUUUGUGAUGCUUCAGAGGCGAACAAAACUGUCACUGGAGGCUGAUGAAAAGUGUUUGUGAAGGUGGGGGGGAAAGGGGGGGGCCUGCACUUCUGUAACGGGGGAGGGGGAGUCUGUGAUCAAAUAUCCUCUGCCUUGAUUAACAUUAAACAACAGUGACAAGGAA